CUGAUACCGGAGACGAGCGGUCCAGACAAGCCAGCAAACGAGGCGUUCCCAGCCUCCCCGUCUGUCUGUCUGCCUGCCUGGCGAGUGAGCUCCAGAGCGUCAUUACCGAGCGUAGUCGACCGCCCAGAGAGGGAGAUCAGACCAAGAGAUAUCCACAUUCCGCCGCCUGACGCCUUCCGAAAUAAUUUUUUUCCGUCCAAUGCGAUCCUGAAAACUCGGACUGGAAGCCGCGUCUCGUUCACCACUGAAGGCGGAUAACUAACAGGCUAGCUGUUCUGGCUAACGUCGGCUAGCCGUGCAAACCAUCUCCAGCAGAGCUAAUUAGCCGCGUGUUUUGCCUUUAAUGGAGAAACGUUAGCGGAUCCAGCCCCGGCGACGGUAUGUGGUUCAGCGAAUGUGCGCCCGGUUGGACGUAUUAGCCGCACAUUUACCACCUCGACUAAGUUUUUCAGUGUCAGACAGUCGCCUCGGGCAGCUAGCAUGCCAGCUAGCAGAGAUGGACGUUGUGCGCUGGCUUGUUUCAGACGGCAAAUCAGCCCAGCAAGUUAGUCGCUCCUGCUUUUUUAUCACGUCGUACGAGUGCCGCGCACUGAAGUGGGGCUUUUAAUCGUCGCCAGUCGAGAGGACACGCUGUACACACCAUCCAUCUAUGUGCUGUUGGUUGCACGGCGGAGCGUUUCAAGUUAUCGAGGUGACGUGAAGGAAAAAAAGAGCAAAACAAAGUGCAAAAGGAGAGACGCAGAACCGUGUUUGGAGGAGACCUAACUACGAGACCAAAGUCGAUAUUAAGUAUCAUGGCUGUGGGCCCAAUAACCAUGAAAUCACUUGCUAAAUUUGGCUUUUGCCUGGCGAUUCUCUCCACAUCCGUGGCCGCUGCACAAGGUGAGGAGAGAGAGUGCGCCUUCACGGACCAAGAGCAGCGAUGGGAGAUGGAGAGGCUCCCUGGAGGCGAAGGGCGGGUCUCGCCUGAAAACACCACCAUCAAAUGUGCCACGGCCAAGCACUGCUUUGGCCUGUGGGAAAAGAGUCUGCCUGGGGAAGUGCGACUAGUCAAACAAGGAUGCUGGACUUACAUAAGCGACAACCAGGUGUGUAAAGAAGACAGCUGCGUGGUGAACCACUCCCCUCAACAAACCCAGAAUGGGUCGUACCACUUCUGCUGCUGCGGCAGUGACAUGUGCAACAUGAACUUCACGGAGGACUUCCCACUGCCGACUCCCACCACUGCUCAGCCCAUAUACCCUCACAGACUAAGCUACGAAAAGACCAUAAUUAUCGCCCUGGCAACAGUGUCUGUGUUGGCCGUUGUUGCUGUCAUCGCCUUCUUUUGUUGCCGUACGGUGCGAGGUGAUGGCAAACAGGGUCUUCACAACCUGAACAUGAUGGAGGCUGCUUGCUCGGAAAGCUCACUGGACUUGGACAAUCUGAAACUGCUGGAGCUGAUCGGGCGUGGACGAUACGGCACUGUGUACUGCGGCUCCUUGGAUGAGCGGCCUGUUGCUGUGAAGGUGUUCACUGCAGCCAAUCGCCAGAACUUCCUGAACGAGUGCUCCAUCUACCGCCUCCCUUUGCUGGAGCAUGACAACAUUGUUCGAUUCGUGGCUGCUGAUGAGCGGACGGGCGCAGAGGGACGAACGGAGUACCUGCUUGUCAUGGACUACUACCCACACGGUUCUCUCAGCCGCUACUUGGGUAUUCAGACCAACGACUGGGUCAGCAGUUGCCGGCUCGCUCACUCUGUCACCCGAGGCCUGGCGUACCUGCACACAGAGCUGUUCAAAGGAGAUUUGUACAAGCCGGCCGUUUCUCACCGGGACCUGAACAGCCGCAACAUUCUGGUCAAGGCUGACGGCACCUGCGUCAUCAUCGAUUUUGGACUGUCCAUGAAGCUAACAGGGAACAGGCCUGCACGUCACGGCGAGGAGGAGAACACGGCCAUCAGUGAGGUGGGGACGAUCCGUUACAUGGCUCCCGAGGUGCUGGAGGGAGCGGUGAACCUGCGUGACUGCGAGUCUGCACUGAAGCAGGUGGACAUGUACGCGCUGGGCCUGGUCUACUGGGAGACGUUCAUGAGAUGCACCGACCUUUUCCCAGGCGAAUCCGUGCCAGAGUACCAGAUGGCCUUUCAGGCAGAAGCAGGGAACCACCCAACAUUUGACGACAUGCAGGUCCUGGUGUCGAGGGAGAAGCAACGUCCCAAAUUCCCUGAGGCUUGGAAAGAGAACAGCUUGGCUGUUCGCUCCCUGAAGGAGACCAUGGAGGACUGUUGGGACCAGGAUGCGGAGGCCCGCCUCACCGCUCAGUGUGCUGAGGAAAGACUGGCAGAGUUGCUUCUCAUUUGGGAUCGCUCCAAGUCUGUGAGCCCCACGCUCAACCCAAUGUCCACAACGCUGCACAAUGAGAGAAAUCGCAUGACCCCCAAAUCCGGUCCAUAUUCCGACCAUCCCUCUUCCUACAUCGAAGAGAACGAAGGCAUAGCCAAGAACACGCAGGGCGACACCACUGGUUCUGGAACUGGCAGGAUUGGUCUGGGCACCGGGGAAAGAAACCGUAAUUCCAUCAACCAGGAGCGGCAGCAGCAGGCGAACGCCCGUCUGCCGAGCCCAGACGGUAGCAGCACCAGCGGAGCGGGGCUGAGAGGAAGCCCGUCAGCCUCCACCACCACCACUACCAUCAUCUCUGAAUCUGAGGGGCCGGUGGGGCUCCCCACCGUUCCUGUCUGUCUCCACCUGACCCAGGAAGACCUGGAGACCACCAAGCUGGACCCUAAAGAGGUUGAUAAGAACCUGAAGGAGAGUUCGGAUGAGAAUCUGAUGGAGCACUCCCAGAAGCAGUUCUGCUCUCCAGACCCACUGAGUCCAGGAAGCUCCAGCCUCCUGUACCCUCUCAUCAAGAUGGCCAGUGAAGCAUCGGGGGCAUCAGAAGCAAACGCCACCAUCCCCACCUCCAUAUUUCCCCUCCCCAAACAACAGAACCUGCCCAAAAGGCCGUCCAGUCUACCUUUGCGCAACAAGCCCCCCAAGAAGGAGUCGUCGUCCUCCUCAAUCAGGUUCAAGUUCGGGCGCUCCGGGAAGUCCAACCUGCGGCAGGUGGAGAACUCAAAGACCAAUGUUGGUGCUGUCGCUGCCACAAACACUACAGCAGAGGCUCAGCGGGCCCCCAGCACCAACAACAUACCCGCUCUACGAGACACAAUGGCCAAUGGCAGUGUCAACGGCGCUGCCAACGGUCACGCUGGCGCCACCAUGCUGUCCAUCAAUGCAGAUGGGUCCGCUGGUUUCGGAGGGUCCAACAUAUCUCAGAAUGGCUCCACUGCCCUUCGCUCCGAUGACAGCCGCCUCAGCCUGGGCGUCAUCACGGCGAGUCCCGAUGAACACGAGCCGCUGCUCAGUCGAGAGAUACCGGACCGAACCAUGGGCGUCGCAGCACUGCGCUCAGCUCGACCCAACACCAACAACAACAACAGCAACACUGGCCAGGGAGAGAGCGGCGGGGAGAGCGACGGUGGCGAGGAGGAGGUGGGGGGAGAGGGAGGAAGCAAGGAGAACAGCGCUGAAAGUUCCGGCUCUGGAAGUGCAGCUGGCGACCUCCAGAGGGACACGUCAGUCAUCAUGAGAGGAGAGGCCUUGCUGAGGCAGCCGAGAGCUCGCAGGCCCGAGAGACCCAACUCCCUGGAUCUGUCCUUCACCACACAGGACCUCACUUCUCUAGGUGAGGGGUUAGCACAGACAGAUGGCGCUCUUGCCACUGGGGAGAAGAUCAAAAAGCGUGUCAAGACGCCGUAUUCGCUGAAGAAAUGGCGACCAACCACAUGGGUCAUCUCUACGGACACCCGGGGGCCGGAGGUCAACAACAACAGCUCCGGUCGCAGCCAGAACCGGCCCAAGUCCAGUUCUGCCAUCUACCUGCAAGGAGGGAACUUUUCCAGCGAGCCCAACGACACUCGCGUGUGAGCGCCAAAUCUCGGGCCGGACUGCGAAACCUCAGCAGAGAGGGCUUGUUUUUCCCCGCCGAACUGUGUGAUCUUGUACAGCCACCAAGUCUGUCCGCUCCGGUGUGUCUUUCUGAUGAUGGCAUCGCUUUAAAUGGACUCCAGCUAUGCAGCGUUCUCAUCCGCUUUCGCCUUUUUACUCGCCUGUCUCUCCAUCUCUCUCGUCUUCUCAUUGCUUUUUCUGUGUUUCCUUUUGAUGUGCACUUUGACCCCACUCAAAUCAGUGUUUGAAAAAGCUCCGGCUCUUGUGACCGCGCUGCGAAUGGUCUCUAAACUUUAUAAGAAGAAAAAAAAAGCUAUGGAAAACAAUCAACUUUUUGAGUGAACCUUGACUCCGCUGUAUCACGCUUCGCUGGAGAGGAAGGCUCUGUAAAAACCGUCUUAAAAGACACUUUUUGUUUGUUUUUUUUUACUUAUUUGUAUGCAAUUUUUAUUUCUGUCCAUAUACCUUUUUUGUAUCAUGAUUUUAAUUGUGCAAUAGGAUUUAGCUUUUAGAUGCCUUUGAUGUUUUUUUUUAUUAUUAUUGCUUUCGUUCUGGUUCCAUUUUGUAUUGUUAUUUUAACACGUUAAUCUCUGUUGCACUUAUGAGUAGUCGGUAUCGCCGCACCGUCACCCUGUGAGGAGAACCAAGCGACAAUCGUUCCUCCGUGUCCGGAUCAUCGAAUGAGGGGCAGCAACACUAACAAUCAGUCAGCUGACUGCACAAUUGAACCAGCUGCGGCUGAGACCAAUCGCCAGAAUCAAACUGCGGAUGUUUUAAUCACCGUACCACCGUCAUGUGACCUCACUCUCUGUACCUGCCCAGAUUGACCAGCUGGAGAGCAGAAGCCAAUCAAAAAAAGAAGACUCAUCUGAAACACUAAGGACAUUAUUUUUUUUGUUUGUUUGUUUUCAUCAGUUGUCAUCCUAGAAAGUGUGUGCGAGCGUGUGUUGGUCUGUUCAUUACAAGUGUAUUAUUGCUGUGGCAUCUGGACUGAGCAAACCUGAACAUGCCACAAAGAAGCUGCUGUACCAGAACAUACUUCACACAUUCAUCAAUGAAAUGUUCACUCGUUUAUGCAAGUCUCCCUGCUCACCACGCCACCCACUGUGCGGGUAAGGAACUACAUUCAGCCCCACGUACCAACGGCUUCAGCUUUAGCUUCUCAUCCCAUAUUUGUUACGUCAUACUGUAAGAAAACAUCUCAUUUAUCUUUUUUUGUAAUGUAAUUUGUAUGAAAAGAAAAUAAUUAUGUGUAAUGCAUCAAUAUGUAUCAUUUUUAUGGAAUUCUGUUUUGCAUUCAGUUGACGUGGCCGAAGAUUCCAUUGCUGUGCGUCUGCUCGGUGCAGUUUCUGUAAACAUUUUCAAGUCAAUAUGGAAGUAAAAAAAAUCUUA